GGUUCGUCGGUAUAGAGGCAUGCGGUUUAAAUUGUGGUCUGUGCGUGAUUCUGUACAUUUCUCCUGGCGUGAAUGUUUUUUAACAUCUGAGAAAAAAGAUUUUGCGGCCGGAAAGGAUGACACGAAACUCUUUUGUCGCUGUCCUAUUUACUAUUUGGGAGUCUUCCAUGUUGUACACCUUUCACCGCCAUUUUAGCCAGCUUUUAGUGGAACAUCUUUAACGGAGAAACUGCAGCUAGACACUUUCGACAAAAGAGAAAAUGAGGCGCGAAUAAAUGAAAGGACUCGAUGGCGUCCUCGUUCAGUCUCACUCCAGCCUCAUUUCAUUCAGCAGCAGCACAGACAUUCACUUCAGCAUCAGCAGUCGAGAUCCUUGUAAGAAUGCGUGGAAUAUUUAUCGUGUUGUUGCUGGUUUUACUCGGCGUCACUUUCACGUCGACAGGAAUCGUUGAUCGCAUCUCGAAUCCCAUCAAAUCCUAUUUCAAUGGCUUCAAGACCAAAGAUUCCAAGGACACUUAUUCAAACGAAGACCUCAGCAUCUUCACGUUGGACGACUUGGACAUUCCUGAAUCCUACGCCAUUAAGCCACCGGUCAUGGUCAACAAAAACAAGCCCGACAAGGAAACAGCAGCUACUGCCCAGAAGAAACGGCCCGUUAAAAAACGCAAACCUUCAGCAGCUGCAACAAGACCCAGACCAUCAACAGCCACAAGACCACGCCCAUCAGCUUCCACACGGCCAAGACCUUCGUCUGUUUCCAAAACGAGACGCAGGACGACUACUACGAAACGUCCCAGGGUCAACUCGGUGACGGGUGUCAUUCUUCCCGAAUCUGGAGAAUUGCCAGUCACCGGAGCUCACGCCGUCGUGGCCACCCACAUGGGCGAGAUUUCAGUCUUCACUUCAGAUGGACGUUUGUGGCUCAACGGGCCGGGUAUACCCAAACCGGUGCCGCUCGGCUCCGCACUGGACAGCGACUCUAUUGCGGCCGGCAACAAAGAUUCCUACCACAUUUGGGUCAACACGACCAGCUGGACCAAACUCGUGUCCCUAGAAGAAAUCAGACGGGGCCGCAAUCCCGUCCUCAUCAAAAACGACCCGCGCAAUCGUGUCCAGGCCAUGAUCGAUCGCAAACCGCUGGAUCGACCCCUCAGACUUCCCCUACCUCCGCGCGUCAAAGGAACUUAUCAAUACGAUACGUGCGGAAAAAACAUUAUUCUCCCCUUGACGGCUGAUCGGACAAUCCUGAUGGAACAAGCCAUCAAGCCCAGCUACGAGUCAACGAAAUUCCCGGAAGAACGCGACUAUCCUAUGGUCUGCACUUGGAACGUCAAGGUGAAUAAGGCCUGUCGUCGUGCACGCAUCACGAUGAAAUUGGACGAACGCAGUCGACUACCGGACGAAGACGAGUGCGCCAAAGGAUACCUCCGCAUUUCCCCAUUCAUGAACGAAACCAAAAUUUGCGGCCGGAUCGAUAGCAUUCCGGCGUUCCACUGGUACGUCGAAGAUCAACAGCCCAACGAUGUGUCGAUUAUGAUGAAGAAUAUCGGGAUCAACGACGGUUUCUCCGAAGGACUGGCGUUUACUCUUCAAGGUGAAUGUCUGCCGAUCGAACGGGGAACGUUCGACGUCGGCCAGGAAAACCGCGAGGCUUACACCAACUGGAUGGACCGUCUGUUGACGGAAGCUUCGACCAAGGGACACGGCGCCACCAUUUCCAUCCCAGCAAGUACGCACCAGACACCAUUUGACCCUCCCAUUUUGCCACCCAUUCACCUGGACGACCCCAAUCAAAAAUAUUCAUCUUGGUUGACGCCGGCCGUCCCAGCCAAAGACAAUAUUGACGACGCCCUAACUGAUAUCACGACUUUGUUGGAUGCAUCCACUAAUUCGACGAAUACACGUUAACUUAUUUCAUCACAA